AUCAGUGCAAUAUGGCUGCGCACAUGCUACAUCGAUUAAGGGUGGUAUUUCUUGAAUUUGAACAGAGGCUUUUCGGUUUUAUUAGAGGCUAUCCGCCACAUGGGAUUGGUGGAGUUUUUCCCAUCGCUGAUACUCAGCCGAACACAUUCCCCACCGAUCAGCAGUGCAUACGAGAUGGAUCUAUAGAUAAGCAGACAUCAUUAUUAGAGCGGCUUGUUGGUGAUGGCUUCUUCUGGGCUGUGCCAAAAAAUAGACGAACUGUCGAGAGACGAAUGACAAGACGAAUGGGAUAUCAGAAACUGAUCAACUCACGACAUGAUCUGGUCACAUGCCUCCAUUGUGGGCAUUACCACCAGGCUAAAACGAUUUGUGGUAACUGUUAUGCCAAAGUACAAGCAGAGACGAAGGUGAUCAUGGAUGCAAUGCAGAUAGAGAAAUGGGAAGACAGAGUGAAACACUCGGAUAAAGAUGUCACAGUAUUGUACGAGCGGUGAAGAGUUGGAGAGAAAGACAAACACUACUAUGAAGGGAAAAGAAUUGUGGAACUUCACAAGAAACGUCCAAGCUGGUGGCACAAUAAUCUCUUAAUUAAGUCACACACAUCAUCUUAGAUUUCUAGGUGUCGCGUCGCAAGAUAGCAUGUGACAUCUAAGAUGAGAUGUCUUGCGCAGAAUGCUCAUCAAUCCAUUGUGUUCCAUGAGCAUUUAUUAGUGUGAAUCUUUGAUGCUAAGACCAUUGCAGUGGCCUAGUUAAUGUGAUAGUUGGAAUUUAAACUGAGUAGUACGACUGAGCAGUAAUUCCGUUGUUGGGAAUUGCUUGUAAUACAUGAGUGAAGU